AUGGCAGAGACUAAACUCGGCCCCCUUAUUGAUGAUGACGUUGUUUCCCUCGACGGCUAUAGACUCUUCAGACGUGACCGUAAUACGCGGGGUGGUGGUGUCGCGCUUUUCAUCAAUACUUGCUUCAGAGUUAAAAUUCUUGCAACCUCCACUCAUUUGUGGAUUAGGAAACCUGGACUUCCUAAGUAUUUGUUUUGUGAAAUUGCUGGCCAUGGUGUCUUUCCAAUUUUUGUUGCUGUUGUAUAUAGGCCGCCUGAUGCUCCUUUCUUCGAGGGUACUGAUUUUGUACCUUCGCUGCAGCUACACUUGCAAAGCAAUAGCACCAAAGUGAUUUUGGGUGACUUCAAUGCAGACCAGCUCUCUCUAAUGAAGCAUGAUGCACGUAUUGUCCGCUCUCUCUGCUCUGAUUUAGGUCUCCAACAGGUCCUCUAUGGACCAACUCAUCAUACUUCUGAUGGUGACACUUUGCUAGAUUUACGCAUGAUUGAUAAUGAGGAUACUCUGUUAUCCUACUGGAAAACGGAUGUUUCUUUUAUUGAUGGUCAUGAUCUUAUCACGGCUACACUACGGGCAGUCGUGCCUCGUCAGACUCUGACUAGUGACAUCUGCUAUAGGGAUUUCAGUGCCCUUGACGUGGAUGAAUUCACCGUGCACUUAAUGUCUAGUGACUGGUCAAUCUUUGGUGAGUCAGCAGCUCCUGUGGUUGACCUUGUCUCAUGUUUGAUUUGUCAUCUGGGCGAUGCCAUUAGUGCGGCUGUUCCUGUUAAGACCGUGAAAAAGGACUCAAAGCGGAAACCUUGGUUUACUGCUCGCAUAGAUAGGCUAGUGGCUAUCCGCGAUCGACUGUACAGAGUGUACAGGCGGGUUCGCUCUAGAAGAGCUCUUCUUGAGUAUAGAGCUGCCCGUGAUCGUGCUCACGGUGAGGUCGAGAGUGCGCGUCAACUAUUCUUUGGCCAGCGUCUGAAGGUGCUAUCUGACCCAGGCCUCAUCUGGAAGGAGUUACGACGUCUUGGAGUCGUUCCUGUGGACAAUGUGACCCAAGACUUUGAUCCUGAGGUGUUGAAUGCAUACUUUGCUGGAGUGUCUUUUGACCCCAAUGAACUAUCUGUAGACGUCUUUCUUGACUCUUUUCUGGGUGAAGCAUGUGCUGCUGAUAAGGGGUUUUCAUUCGGUCCAGUCACUGCUGAGGAUGUACGGAGUGCUAUUCUGCCCUUCUCCUCUGGAGCAAAGGGGACUGAUGGAAUUCCCAAGUCGAUAAAAAAUCCUUCGGAGGCUGGCGAUUACAGGCCGAUUGCCCUACUCUGCUUUCUGUCCAAGGUCUUGGAGAGACUUGCCUCCUUACAGAUCCUUGAAUAUCUUGCCGAGCGCUCUAUAUUGGAUCCACGCCAGACUGGCUUUCGCCCCUUCAAUAGUACACAGACGGCUCUGCUUAGACUGACGGAUGACAUACGUACUGGUAUAGACAGACGGGAACUGACGAUGCUUCUCCUCUUUGACUUCAGCAAGGCAUUCGAUUCUGUGUCACAUGUCCGGCUCCUACGCAAACUGGUCGGUUACGGGUUCUCAGCGGCGGCUGUCAGGUGGAUAGCGUCCUACCUUAGUGGCCGUACUCAGUCGACCGUGGGAGGCGCGAGUGGCAUGUCCUCGUCUCGUCCCUUGAAUAGGGGAGUGCCGCAGGGGUCAGUUCUUGGCCCUCUGCUGUUCCUCCUAUUCAUAAAUGACGUAGCGGGAGGCUUGGGACAGGGCAUUCAGCAUCUGAUCUACGCUGAUGACCUUCAGAUUUAUCUGAGCUUCUCACGAGCUGAUAUUGAAGUGGCCACUUGCGUUAUGAGUUCUGCCGCCAAAUGUAUCAUGGACUGGGCCGCUUGUAAUCGCUUGCGACUUAAUGUUGCCAAAACCAAGGCUAUCAUUUUUGGCUCUCAAUUCUUCAUCAAUGAACUAUACUCUUUGCCCAAUUUGUCCAUCGACAUUGACGGUGCCAGUGUUUCUUUUGAUUCUUCUGUGCGUAGCCUUGGAGUGGUCCUGGACAGCAAGCUCACUUGGAAGGAGCACGUGGCCGGUAUCACUAGAAGGGUGCAUUCGGUGAUGUAUCGGCUGCGAUUUUUCCGUACCAGUACCUCUCAAGGGUUGCGUAAACACCUGAUCGAGACUCUGGUGUUCCCGGUGGUAGAUUACUGCUGCCUGGUGUAUGCUGGUCUGUCUGAGGAGCUUUCUCUGAGGCUUCAGCGUCUCAUCAAUAUGGGAAUUAGAUACAUCUUUGGGAUGAGGUGGGACGAGCACAUCACUCCUUACCGACUGCGCUUGGGCUGGAUGCUGAGUGGGACACGCAGAAAGUACUUUUUGGGUUGUCAGACGUUCAGAGCACUCAGGCUCGGGGAGCCUGUUUACCUGGCGGAUCUCUUCGUCCUCAGCCGUGGCGUACGUCUUGUGAGGGGUGAGGUGAAUCGGCUGCUGAUCAAGUCGUUUAGGACUGAGGCCAUGCGCCGCUCAUUUCAGACUUCGGCGGCAUAUUUUUGGAAUUCCCUCCCUAGCUUGAUCCGAGAUCAACCGUCCCUUCCCGCUUUCAAGCUAGCACUGCGUGCCUAUUUGAGGGAUAAUCCUUAA